UGUCUAGCUAAUAACGGAUUGUGCAAACUUUUACGGUAUGUUGUGGACAUAACAUGCAGCCUUAUCACCUCUCCUGUAGACCGGGAGAUGCGGUUCUAGGCUCUAGUGCCCCCGGAUGUGAGCUAGAAGUACGACUGAACUAUCCAAGCCACCAGCUCCAGAUCGUGGUUGAAUCAGCCAGCCACAUUACGCUAGACAGCGUUGCAUAUCGUAGCUAUUAUAUCUACCACUCGUCCAGUUUUGGGUACCUAUAUCGCGUUUCAGCAACUUCAUCAUGUCAUCCAACGUCGUCUAUACUGGUGUAUGGGAUGACUAUGAACGCGGACCAGUACUCAGCAGAGUGCUGACUAUGGAAUACCGUACUGGUACCUACCUUAUUACAUUACUUGCUAUCCUUGUCACUUUCGCCGCAAAUCGAAGCUGGAAAAUCUGGCGCCUCGUCCUCCACACCGCACUACGAUACCAAGCCGAGCAUGAAUAUCUCAUCCGACAAAAGCGAUCCGUCCUUACAAAUGCGGAGACAACAGGCGGAGCACUGUUGGCGUACUACGAGAUUGCAAUGCUCAGAGGAUCCUGGAAAGGCUUGCCUGUACGCAUCAAACUCAUCGCGGCAUGCCUGAUCUUGUUUGCCCUUGUACAUUGGGUUGGCUUCAUUGCACUCGGUAUCCUUACUACCCAGGUCAACCUUGGCAGUAUUGUUCGCUCCCUGAAGACGGACAGUUGCGGCUUCUGGUUCGCUCGAGACGAUCUGGACGAGAAAGUCUGGUACAAUGAUCCUGCCGGUAUGCUGACUGUCAACGCCUCCCUUGCAGCCGAAAACUAUGUUCAGAACUGCUAUGUGAAAGGGUCGACCAGCAUUUCAGAUUGCAAAAUAUUUCUGAGCCGCUCGAUCAACCAUACAACCCAGAGCGUUCCCUGUCCAUUUCAAGAUUCGUCCAUGUGCAUUACUCCCAACGGCGAUGCCCUGUCGAUGGAAUCAAAAGAUAUAUCGUUGUCAGGACUAGGCAUCAACUGGAAGUAUGCCAAAGACAUCUCCUUUCGGCGACGCAGUGUAUGUGCUCCAAUCGCUGCUGAGAGAUUUAUCUACAGCAACGAAUCGAGCCAGGCCUUGCUCGAGGAUACUCUGGAAAUAGAAGACGAAUCCAUAGGAUUACGAGCCUAUUCCUUCCAGAGCUUCGUGGCAACAGGGGAUAAUUACACACGAAUGUAUCGAACUGACGAUGCGGGAGACUUCGACCUCACUAUUGCUUACGUUUGGAAGGAGAGCGACUAUCAACUCCAUGAACCACUAAGACCAACCGAUCAGGUCUCAGAAACUACCAUCGUCUCACUUCGCGGACGCGCUGUGAGUUUCUCAGAGCCAUCAGACGAUCCUUUCUUUUAUGCGCACGAAAACUUCAGCACACCGAUAGACAUCGACGUAGACGGCUUAUACUAUAUGAAUAAUGAUUUCAAACUAAGUCGACAACUCAAUGCUAUUGCUUGUCAAGACACAGCGAAGGCGUGUAGCAAAAUCACAGGUCUCUGUACCGACUGGAUAGCACCUGGAGACAUGAUAAACGAUGACAUCCAGAAACAAAUGCUUGGCAAUAAUAUGGAUGAUCGAUCUCUUAUGGCUUACCACACUGUAGCCUGGCCGCUGGCAAUCUCAACUACUCUGAAUCAGGUUGUCCAGAAUCGUGGAGCCUCAAUCUUUCGAGCAACUCAGAAUCUUGGAUACGGUCGGCUGUACUCUAUUUCGUCCGAACAGUGGAAAAUCGAAGUUGAACAUUGGUUCCUAGUUGGUAUGGGGCUUCUACAAAUGGCGCCACACCGUAUGGUAUCAACUCCAGAACUCGACACAAGCAAAGUGCAGAACGCAUAUCCGGAGCUUGGCGAUGCUUGCACGAUGGUCAAAUUCAGAUCCCCAGGACAUGUCACCGUAAGCAUGUUUGGCAUGAUGUUCAUUAUCGUUGGUGCAUUUGUCUUGACUAUAGUGAGCUAUCUGGAUAUCCUGAUGGGCUGGAUAUUGCCUACUCGAGUAUCCACCCUUCUGGUGCCUUGGGAACGAGACAGUUAUCUUCAGCUCUUGGAUAGGGUCGAGCAACACCACGGAACGGCUUCAUCUCGUAACAUCGAAACGGCCGGUCAUGCAGCCCCAGACCACAUCGCCGCAGACAGCGAGAAAGGUCAAACUUACGUGUCGAAUCGCGAAACCCCCGGUCUCUAACUUUUUCAAACCCUUGCUUGGCUGAUGCUGGUCUGUCAUUUGCGCACUUAUACCUAGCAUUCGUAGUUUCUAUACAAUAUCUUAUGUCGCAGCCUCGUAGUUUUCUCUCUACUUUUCCACUGUAUCUGUUUGUCGCAAGGCGCGGAUUUGAACAAU